AUGAACAGUUUUCUUGUGGAGUAUGCGGGACACGGGAUAUCCGCGAGCAGGCAGUACUACCAUGCAAAGAAACGAUCGGAGGAAGAUCCUUUACAGUACCUGUAUCGGCUUAAUGUGAUGGGAAUGCAGGCGAAGAUACCGGUGAUGACUGGAUUGCCAGCUGCGCGCAAGGAACAUGUCAAUCAUUUCAUUGACACCUUGGACGACCCCAAUCUGUCCAAUCAAUUGCUACUGCUGAAUGUAGAAGACGCGGAGGCCAUGCAAAAGACACUGCACGGAUAUCAACAAGGGAGAUCGCGUCAAGGGAAAGUGAUGAUGGGAUCGUCCAAAUUCAGGCAGAAGGGAACUCAGGGUCCAGCGCUGUCUAAGCCUGCACGAGCGGUAAGGAUGGUCCGUACCGAGGACGUCUACAGCGAGUCAGGAUGGGACACCUGCGGAUCGGAUUUGGAAGAUCGAUUGAGAUCGAUCCAUGUGGCUGCUACUGCGGAUCGCCGUUCAUCCCCCAAUGACGUUGCAGCAAACGCGAGAUCGGUCGACCCGAACACUCGUCAAGACUAUCAAGAUCGCAAUAUGCCAUUGAAGCCGUGUACUCAUUGCGGAUCGACCAAGCAUGGAGAUCUCGGUUGCUGGAAGCGGCUCACUUGCCAGAACUGUGGGCGUAAAGGACACCCCUCUGACAAUUGUUUUUUCGUGUGUCGUGCUUGCGGUGAGAUGCACGACCCGGGGAAGUGUCCCAUGGAGGAGUUCUACAACAUGAUCCGUCAGUGGUACGUCCCGAAUAAGCAUGCGGGGAUGCUACCAGAGAAGGCCGAGAAGAUGUUAAACUAG